AGUCAAAUGAAUAAUAUAUAUAGUCAAAGACUUUGGUUUAUAAUGCUUGAACAAUUUUUCAUGAAGUACGUUUGGUCUGGUACUGGAAUGGUUAUGGUGUCGCUUCCAAUUUUGACAGGCAAUGAUAGUAAAACUUUGACAGGUCAUGAUUCUGGAAAUAAGGAAUCACACGUCAGUGAACGCACUCAAUAUUAACAACAGCCAGAAAUUUACUUAUUUCUGCGGCGGACGCUAUUGAGAGAUUAAUGUCCUCUUAUAAAGAGAUAGUGGCUCUUGCUGGUUACACUUCCCGGGUUGCUGGUAUGAUGGAUGUGUUUAGGGAAACCGCACAAGGAGUUUAUUGCAAAGCAACUGUGGCAAACAAUGAUGAUAAGAAUGCAUUUAUUGAGUUUCGUAAUGGGAAACCAAUUGCAAAGGGUCGAAUAGUUUAUACAAAUGAUCCAAAAAAUAUGUCAAUUACCCUAAGAGAAGUCCCAGUAGUGACACCUAACUGUGAUAUAGUUGUACCCAACCUGACAUUAUGUAUACAGCCUGGUGUGCAUUUGUUAAUAACUGGCCCAAAUGGAUGCGGAAAGUCAAGUUUAUUCCGAAUAUUAAGUGGACUUUGGCCAAUAUAUGCAGGCGAAUUACACAUGCCUCGGCCAGAGGAAGAUGUCCCCUGCAUGUUUUACAUUCCACAACGACCAUAUAUGUCAAUUGGAAGUUUAUGCGACCAAAUAAUAUAUCCUGAUACACGGGAUGAUAUGAAUCGUAAAAAAAUAACUGUUAAAGAGCUAAAUAAUAUUUUGAAAAUGGUUAGCCUUGAACACAUUGUCCAACGUGAUGGAUUUGACGUUGUCCGUGAUUGGAAGGAUAUAUUAUCAGGAGGGGAAAAACAACGAAUGGCUGUUGCUCGCCUUUUCUAUCAUAAGCCACGAUAUGCCCUUCUUGAUGAAUGCACAAGUGCAGUAUCAAUUGACGUUGAGAGUUCAAUAUAUGAAAUUGCCAAAGACAUGGGAAUUACUCUAUUAACAAUUACACAUAGGCCGACGUUAUGGAAAUAUCAUACUCAUAUUCUUGAAUUCGAUGGUUUAGGAAACUGGUGUUUCAGAAGAAUGGAUGAGAACGAGCAGCAAAACGAAAAGUUCCUUCAAUAAUUCACUGAAUAUGCUUCAUUUUACCUUAAGCAGGCAUAAAAAUUUUUAUAUUUUUAUUUGGUCUAUUAAUCAUAUAUUUUUGUGAUUUUCUGUCAACUGAAUAUUUGAAUUGAUAUUUUUGUAAUAAACGUACUUUUUCAUAAAAACUUUCAUAAAAGCUUCUCCCAUUCUCCACACUAUA